CUCGGUGCGCGGAGCCGCAGCACAAAGAGCGGGGGUGUCGCUGCCGCUCCUCCCCGCCGUCCCCCCUCCCCAUCGCCGCCUGCGAGGGAGCCGCUCCGAGCCUCGCGCCUCGCCGGCCAGCCAGUGCAAAGAAAUGACUGUCAUUUGAGUUGUCAGCCAUGGCCAGCAGGAAAUGCCAAAGCACCACGGCUGCCAUGUUGGAUCAUCGGACAAGAGGCUGUCCUCCUUCCCCUCGUGGCCGAGCAGCUGAACACGCUGAAAGUCCUUCGGCGGAGGAAGAGGACUACGUGGAGAAGGAGGUGGCCGCGGUUUCAGCAGCUGGCCAAGGUGGCCUUCCCCCAGCAGACCCCGAGCGUAUUGAUAACAGUGGAGAUGGGGACUCCAGUUCGGAUUAUGUCAACAACACUUCGGAGGAGGAGGAUUAUGAUGAGGGACUUCCAGAAGAAGAGGAAGGCAUUACCUAUUAUAUUCGAUACUGUCCUGAGGAUGACAGUUACCUGGAAGGAAUGGACUGCAAUGGGGAAGAAUACGUCCCCCCAGAGGAGCAUCUUGUACAGACGGAUGAGUGCCAGGAAGCCAUCGAGGAAGGCGAGUGGGUGGAGGCCAAAAUACAGCACCAGGAUAAUGCAGCUGAAGCAGUGGGCUACCACGAAGGCUGCGUUCAGAUGCUGGAAGGGGAGGUGGCGUGUUUAGAAAUCCAGGACCAGGAGGAGACCAUCCAGUAUUGCCAUCAGAGUGAAGGGAGUUACUACUCCCCGGAAGCCAAUGGGAAUUCCCGUCGGAUGUCCCCUUACCACAGUAGGAAAGAAGAGGGGGAUUUGGAAGAGCAGGAGGAAGACAUUGAUCAGAUUGUUGCGGAGAUCAAGAUGAGCAUGAGUUUGAGUAGCAUCAACAGUGCACUGGAAAUGAGCCCAGAGCACGGUGGGACUGAAAAUGUGCCAAAUGACUAUGCAGAGACAUGCCACAGGGGGGACCCUGGCCACGCAGCUGGUCGGCAUCCAGGGAGGCCCAAGUCCUUGAACAUCCCCCCAGCCUCCAAGCAACUUGGAGACGUCCAGAGAGGCUUCAAAACCAAGUCAAAGACCCCCGAGGACAGGCAGACCUGGCCACAGGAACAGGUAUGCAAUGGCUUAGAACAGCCCAGGAAGCAGCAGCGUUCGGAUCUCAACGGGCCGAUAGACAACAAUAAUAUGCCAGAGACAAAGAAGGUACCAUCUUUCCCGAGCUUUGUGGAUGUUCCAGGACCUUGCGAGCCCGAGGACCUCAUUGACGGUAUCAUCUUUGCAGCCAAUUACUUGGGCUCUACCCAGUUGCUCUCGGAGCGCAACCCUUCCAAAAACAUUCGGAUGAUGCAAGCCCAAGAAGCAGUGAGCCGUGUCAAGAGGAUGCAAAAGGCAGCUAAAAUCAAGAAAAAAGCGACUUCUGAGGGGGAUGCACAUGCUUUGACAGAGGUGGACCUGUUCAUCUCCACACAGAGAAUUAAAGUUCUCAAUGCAGACACCCAGGAAACCAUGAUGGACCAUGCGCUGCGCACCAUCUCGUAUAUUGCUGAUAUCGGCAACAUCGUGGUUCUGAUGGCCCGGCGUCGGAUGCCUCGAUCAGCAUCCCAGGAUUGCAUUGAGACAACCCCUGGAGUGCAGGAAGGAAAGAAACAGUACAAAAUGAUAUGCCACGUCUUUGAAUCCGAGGAUGCCCAGCUGAUAGCCCAGUCAAUUGGACAAGCUUUCAGCGUGGCCUAUCAGGAAUUCCUCCGGGCCAAUGGCAUUAACCCAGAAGAUCUCAGUCAGAAAGAGUACAGCGACAUCAUCAACACCCAGGAAAUGUAUAAUGAUGAUCUGAUUCAUUUUUCCAACUCGGAAAACUGCAAAGAGCUGCAGAUUGCCAAACACAAGGGGGAGAUUCUUGGCGUGGUGGUUGUGGAAUCUGGCUGGGGUUCCAUCUUGCCCACCGUGAUCCUGGCUAACAUGAUGAAUGGCGGCCCAGCAGCCCGUUCAGGAAAGCUCAGCAUUGGAGACCAGAUUAUGUCCAUUAAUGGCACUAGCUUAGUGGGUCUUCCUUUAGCCACAUGCCAAGGAAUCAUUAAGGGUCUUAAGAAUCAGACGCAAGUGAAACUGAACAUUGUCAGCUGCCCUCCGGUCACUACUGUCCUAAUCAAGCGCCCGGAUUUGAAAUACCAGCUGGGUUUCAGCGUACAGAAUGGAAUUAUCUGCAGCUUGAUGCGAGGUGGGAUUGCAGAGAGAGGAGGUGUCCGGGUAGGGCAUCGUAUAAUCGAGAUCAAUGGUCAAAGUGUCGUUGCUACAGCUCAUGAGAAGAUUGUGCAAGCCUUGUCCAACUCUGUAGGAGAGAUCCACAUGAAGACUAUGCCUGCUGCAAUGUUCAGGCUGCUAACUGGCCAGGAAACGCCACUCUACAUCUGAUGGGAAACUCCUCAAGCAAAUCACAGCCUGCUGCCUAAGCUUAAACUUCCAGAGAAAUGUUGUAUUUUGUAGGAAACGGGCACGGUCUGAACCCAAAACUGGAUAAUCUGGACACUCAGUGGAUCCAGUUUCUUUGCCUUUUGUUUGUUUUUUCUUAGUUUACCUCUCCUUCCUUUUAACAUCUUGCCAAAAGAUGAAGCUCUUGUUAUGGCGAACGACCACCGACACCAUCUUUCCGAGAGAGAGGAGUGUCCCACCAGGCGAUUGGCCAACUCCAUCUUCAUGACUCAGGAUGAAGUCCACCAUGAAGUUGGUCAAGUCCCACUGCUGUUAUGGCCCUCUGUGUUGCAGAGGCACCUGCAUUGUUCUCCUGGGCGGACAGUGCUUGUAAUGCUUUACUCUAAGGAGACUCCAGCACGUCCUCUGUCCAUCUGCCACGUUCAGCCACGAGGCAAGGGCGAACAAGUCUACCGAAACAGGCCCUUUCCGACUGGGGCCGCCUCCACUGGACGGCACAUUUCAAAAAACCGAGUGGGCACGGACAGGUUAUUGCAGUGACUAAGGGUGGGUGUUGCUUUAAAGGGGGUGCUGGAGGGAGGUGGGGGGGGGAGAUUGUUCAUUGCUAUCAAGAGGAAAAAAAAACCCUGCUGUUGUCAUUGGUAUCCUUAUUGACAAGUGUAUCGUGACUUUUGAUGAAACGUGGUUUGUAUGUGAACUGGGAAGAACAAGGGGUUUCAGAGUGGAUGCGAGUGAUAUGGAAGAAUAAUUUUUUGGGAAUUAAAAACACUGCCACUGGAAAAAGCGAAAGAACUUUUGCAAUGCAAAUGCGGAAUAUUUAUUUAGAUGAGGUACACUUCUGUUUUGGAGACUGAACAUUUUUAACGAUGAAAAUACUGUUCCUAGAGUUUUGCAAGCAGCCUUUACCACCAGGGAAGUGGGUCCUGUUUUAUUGCCCCACCGCCUUCCAUAUCACCCUUUAGUUGAAUUUAAGUUCACCCUCGGAAAGCCAUGCUCAAAUACGACUUUUUUAUAUAAAAAUGUUUAAUAUCGUUCCGUUUGUCUUUUAUUCUCCUGAGCCAACAUGUCUGAAUGUAAACAGUGACUACGAAUGCAGAGUCUUUGCCAUCAGCAGUAUUAGAGAUUUGUGGCAAUGAUAAACUAAGGAAUAGUACAAUGUUGUGGUCAUUACGAGAUAAAUGUCAACUGAUGUAACCCUUUUGUCUUGAUUAUUUUCCUCCUUCCUCUCUCCUGGGGUCUAUGGCCUUGAAGGAAAAUGCCACUGUGAUACAAGAAGCCUUACCAUACAGUAACAAAAACCAUGGGAUUACUGGACUUCAAGGAAUAACACCGUAGAGCUCUGUUGCAUGCAAGUGACCCUAGGAGAGAAUUAAUCUAUACUCACUAAUAAAUUUGGAGUAAUAAAACA